AUUUGCGUAUCGUGCAUGUCGGUUUCUCGACCCCGCUACCCCGCAUCGAUCUGACCGUCUUCGUAGUCGUGUUCUAGUCCUUGUCGUACAUGCUUGUUUGAGUGUACAAUCGGCAUCGGCUGCCAAAAAACUGUUAUUUUCCAGAACUGAUUUAUUAGAGUUAAGCAAUCUACAAUGUCUACUCCCGACAAAGAUGAACUAGUCCAAAGGGCCAAAUUGGCCGAACAAGCCGAACGGUAUGAUGAUAUGGCUUCGGCUAUGAAGGCCGUAACAGAAACUGGGGUGGAGUUAAGCAACGAAGAGCGAAAUUUGCUUUCUGUUGCGUACAAAAAUGUUGUGGGUGCCCGGCGAUCCUCGUGGAGGGUCAUCUCUUCAAUUGAGCAAAAGACUGAGGGUUCUGAGCGGAAACAACAGAUGGCAAAAGAAUAUAGAGAAAAAGUAGAGAAAGAGCUUAGGGAGAUAUGCGACGACGUCUUAGGUCUCCUUGAUAAAUAUCUUAUUCCAAAAGCGUCAAAUGCCGAAUCGAAAGUUUUUUAUCUUAAAAUGAAAGGCGAUUACUACAGGUACCUCGCAGAAGUCGCGACGGGAGACACUAGAAAUACUGUCGUGGACUAUUCCCAGAAGGCUUACCAGGAUGCUUUUGAAAUCUCAAAAGCCAAAAUGACACCUACCCACCCCAUCAGGCUGGGUUUAGCCCUCAACUUCUCCGUAUUCUACUAUGAAAUACUAAAUUCACCAGACAAAGCCUGUCAGUUAGCUAAACAGGCUUUCGACGACGCCAUAGCCGAGUUGGACACCCUAAAUGAAGACUCCUACAAGGAUAGUACCCUAAUCAUGCAGCUCCUCCGAGAUAACCUCACAUUAUGGACGAGCGAUACGCAGGGGGAGGCGGAUGAGCCGCAGGAGACUGGAGAUAACUGAAGUGUCAAGUCCCCCAUUUUCAAACUAUUCGUUAUAAAUGAAAUUUCAUGUAAGUUAACGUCUCCGUGGAACUUUAUUGUGAAGUUUCAUUGACAGUUUGUAAGUUUCUCGGCGAUGAAACUUUUGAUAUUUAACAGUGUUUUUAGAAGAUAUGUAAAAUCGUUAAAUUAAAUUUCACAUUAUCACACAACCGGGUAACUUCCACAAAACAACAUUUAAUACCAUUACCUAUUUGCUGACAGUUGUGUGAUUGAAUGUCAAUUUCUUCAUCUUUUAUUAUAAUUGUUUUUAUAUUUAAUUAUUUUAUAUAUUAUAUAUAUCCCUCCCCAAAAACGUGUAAUUAAUUUUGACGUUUUAUUUUUCAAGCACAGUUUUUCAGUUCUAACUUGUUAACUAUUAAAAUUAUUAUUUAAAACGUUGUUUUAGUUUGUUUCUGUUUGUUUUUUCCAUUACGUAAGUCCAAGUCAUACCUGUUACCUCUAUUUAAGUUGGUCAUCGCUUUAUUCUUACCUAUCCACGUUUUUAAAUUAUUUUGCACUACGCGGUCCCAGUGGGUCCUUCCCCCUCCAACCCUAUGUUCCAAUUUCCGAUCACUUUGGAUGUGCUAUAUAUAAAUGUAUGAAUAUGUAUUUAAAUAAACGCUACCAGCUCUAUUUGUUUUCUGUUGUAUCUGUCAAGUAUAUUUGUCAGAUAAAAGAAUAAAUUUUUCAAAAUCA